AGCGCGCAGCGGUGUUCUGGAAUGACACUGCCGUUCGUUGGAGUUUUUUCGACGAGUAUCCGGUACUUCUGCUGUCGAGAAACACGACCCCUUGCUACCUGGAAACAGCAAACGGCGACCCUCGCACGCAGCGAGCGAGGCUAGCGAGGCGAGACCAGCGCGACUGCCGGUGACGACAGACGGCCGCAGAGUCGACGCUCGUGACGCCAUCUUUGGACGGAAGAGCCUUGAUAACAUGGUUGAGGAGCAGGAAUGCCCUGGCAGCUGUGGCGACACCAUGACACUUUCCACGCCGAGGAUUGUUGAGAAGGAGGUGGCUAAUGGCUGCCACGUUGAGGACAUUAAUGGUGAUGGACCUCCUGCAGCUAAGCGCUUGCGCCUGGAUGACAGUGAACAGUACUUUGUGUGUGACUGUGACAUCUUGGCCACCAUUGACGGUGUUGUGAGCAACCUCCCGGUUGAGAAGAUGUUCAAGGAUGAUGUCUGGAAGGAGGAGGUCCGAAAGUUCUCCGCUCGCCUGUGCAACAUUGAUAAGCUCGAGCGUGAAUUCAUUCAUAUCGACAUUGCAUUCGACAAAAUGGAGCGUGAUCUGCAGAAGUUGAAAGAAAAAAAGAGUCGCGAAGAAACAGCCUUGUUGUCACCUCCAGAACUUCACUUUUUUGACGUAUUUGUCAAUGCUGACCGAAGCUUCAAGAAGCCGGAGACCGCUAUUGCCCGAAAGCCACCUCCAUCCUUAACAACUCAUACGCCAAGGAGUUCGGGCACUACGGCCAAGACGUCCACUGGUUUAGACGAGAUAAUAACCGUUGGUGCCGUCGGGAAGCUCACUCCAGCGCCCAACAACCUUCCUCCGGAGGGUCCCAUCGUUCGCAAGGAAUUGGAGAUUUCAUCAAAGGUCCUGGCCACGCGCAGUUAUCCGCUGGGAGUCUUUUACAAGGCACGCAUCAUCCAGAUUCAGGACACCAAGGAUGCCGGCUCCGAGCCGACGUAUCGGGUGAAAUACGACAUACGCAAGGCUAAUAUGAAUGCUCGUGCCCUCAAGUGGUACCACAAGCGAGAGUUGGCAUACGCCGAACGAUGUACCGUCAUUCUGCCAGUAGGCACGCGAGUGGUGGCCACUUACUCGGACGAAUCGGUGCCUCCUCGGCACUCGUUGUAUGCAGGACUCAUUGCAGAACCACCAAAGCCCUUAAACAAGUACCGAUACCUCGUGUUUUUCGACGAUGGCUACGCGCAGUACGUGGACGUCGACAAAGUGUAUGUGAUGUGUGGUUCCUCUCCAAAUGUGUGGGAGGACAUGUACCGUGAUGUGCGUGAGUUUGUGCGUAACUAUCUUGAGAAGUACCCGGAGCGACCGAUGCUCCGACUGCGCAAAGGCCAGACAGUCAAGACCGAGUGGAACGGCAGUUGGUGGAUGGCACGGGUGCUCACCGUGGAUUCCAGUCUGGUUAAGAUGUCGUUCGAGGCAGACAAUCGCACUGAGUGGAUCUACCGUGGCUCGACGAGGUUCGCGCCGCUCUACACGGCACUCAACCAGUCUCUGCAGAACACGGCUGCCACAGGGGGCCGCGUGCGCCGCCACAACCUGGUGCCCGUUGCAAACAAGCAGCACCGGCCAUUCGUCCAGUACACGCGCACCCUGGAGGAUGAGCCGGCUAAGGACGGUGGCGAUGAUGACAGCGGAGAAGACUCGGCCAAGAAAGCAGCAACGCGUAAUGUCGCGCGCAAGUCAACCACUCAGGAUCGCAAGAUCAGUGACAAGGAUGACGACGAAAGGAACGCGUUCGGCGUUCUGUUGUCCCAGGCUGGCACACGGGAGGUGUGUCGGCCAGACGUCAAAGAAGGCUCUGUGUAUGAGCGCAUUUUGUACAGGGCUCACAAGUGUGCACCGGGGUGCGUGAAGGACGACGAUCCGGAUGCCCAUUUGGGAAAGAAUCCCCUCUCCAUUCCAUGCUUGCUUGGCUGGGAAAGGCACAUUGUGAAGCAGAGCAAGAGAAGCAAGCGAAGAGUCUUCUACGUUGCUCCCUGUGGGAGGAGGUUAAGGAACAUCGAUGAAGUCGUUCGCUACCUGGAGCUCUGCAAGUCGCUCCUGACUGUAGAUCUCUUCUGCUUCGACAGCCUAGUCAAUGUUUUCUGCCAAUUUGUGCCCGAGACAGUGAGGACCUUUGUCGACGACCUCACCUAUGGCAAGGAGCAGGUACCUGUAUCUUGUGUUAAUAGCCUUGACGAGGGGUACCCUCCAUUUGUUGACUAUUCCUCUACACGAUAUCCCGGGAAAGGUGUGGAGCUGAACUUGGACCCCGAUUUCCUUUGUGGCUGUGAUUGUGAAGACGACUGCCAGGACCGGGAGAAGUGCAGCUGCCAGCAGCUGACCAUUGCAGCGACCGAGGCACUGACCACCGGCAGGAACCCGAACGCGGGCUACCACAACCGCCGGCUACAGGAGCCUCACAUCACGGGCGUGUACGAGUGCAACUCUCAGUGCCACUGCUCGCGCCGCUGCUACAACCGCGUGGUGCAGAACGGCCUGCGUGCCCGCCUGCAAAUAUUCAAGACAGAGAAGCGUGGCUGGGGCAUCCGGUGCCUCGAUGACUUGCCCCAGGGAAGCUUCAUCUGCGUUUAUUCCGGCCAGCUGCUCAAUGAGCAGGCUGCUAAUGAGGACGGCAACCAGUAUGGGGACGAGUACCUUGCGGAGUUGGACCACAUUGAAGUUGUGGAGAAGCAGAAGGAAGGUUACGAAAGCGAUGUCGUCCCGGCUUCGGAUGACGACAGCGACGAGAGUGUAGAUGAGGAGGAGGCCCGUGAAGGCAUAUCUGAUUCAGACUACGACUCUGGUAGUGCUGAUACUCCUAGGGAACGAAGUUCGAGGGUACGAAAGCAGAGGGUGCCGCCCACCGAGGACUCCUCGGACAGUAAGGCAAAUGACGACGAGGACAGCACAAGCAACGACGAAGCGCAGAAAGUGAAUGGCAAUGGCAUCAAGGAAGAAGAUAAUGCAGAAAGCAAAGCAAGUUCCAAGGAGGGCUCUCCCGUAAAGUCCGAGAAGUCUGGAGACGACGAGUCGUGGGACACGAAAAGCACUGAAGACAACAAGCCGUCUGAUGCAGCAGGGGAAGAGAGUCAGUCGAGCACAAAGUCUGAAAGUGGAAAGAUAAAGAAGCAAAAGAAACGGACAGGUAACAAAAGCAGUACUUCCAAGCCGACCUCUGGACCUCUGGAUGGCCCUAGCAAAGGUGGAGAAUCUCAGGUGUCAAAGUUUCCACCAACGCGCAGCUUCUUCAAGGAGGAGUUCUGCUACAUCAUGGAUGCGAAAAACUGUGGCAACAUAGGCCGUUACCUAAACCAUAGCUGUUCGCCAAAUGUUUACGUCCAAAAUGUGUUUGUUGACACCCAUGACUUGAGGUUUCCUUGGGUCGCAUUCUUCGCUGCCAGGUAUAUCAGAGCAGGUGUGGAACUAACGUGGGACUACAACUAUGACGUUGGAAGUGUGCCUGAACGUGUGAUGUACUGCCAGUGCGGGUCAGACGAGUGCCGAGGACGGUUAAUAUGAGCCAAAGUGUUCACACAAACUGUUGGCGACGAUUGUGAAAAGACAGCAGUG